GCUGUCUGUGAUGGCUUGCAGCGGGAAGCGCCGUCGAGGGAAUUGGCAGGUAAUUUAACGGUUUGGCAAUUCGUUGAGCAAACAGAAGCUCGUACCGUCAGCCUCUGUCACCCAACCCCAAUCGUUUCGAGAUGGGCCGCAAAAUACGUCUUCUUUUACGAGGCAUCCCAUGACUCCCUGACCUAUCGCCAAACCCGAUGCUCGAGGUUUCCCACCGCCGUCUAAAAGCCCCCUGAGGCGCCGCGUAGCCCCAACGCCCCAGCCCUACACUCGCUCGCUCUCCUAAACGUCGCCGCGCCCAUGUCGACAAAGGGCCUCGCCAACUCCCGCUGGGCCCCAUGCGCGCGGUCGAGGCCCGCUAUUCGCCUUCACAAGGCCCUUCCGACCCCCGCCGCUUCCGAAUCCUCGCCCUCCCCAACCAAACUCGAUUACGCACAAGCGACCCAGACGACGGCCCUUCCCAGCCGCACCGCCUCGGAGCAGAGCCAGGAUGCCGCGCGCGCCAGGGCCGAGCUGUCGCGCUACACGCGCAUCGUGCGGCGGAUGAAGUGGAAGCACCCCUUCCUCGACGAGGCCUACCGCCUGGCCACGGGCGCCGCCGACGACGUUGCCGAGGCCGAGCUCAUGUUCAAGCUGGACUUCCACGAGUACUACGGGAUGCUGGAGCGGGCCCUCGUGCAUCUGCAGCUCGUCUUCGGCAUCGUAAUAUCCGGCCAGCACAGGGACCUGCCCGGGCGGCCGAAGGCGGUGGGCGAGGGAGAGGAGGGACCGGCGGCGGCGGCGGCGGCAGGGGCUGCGAAGAGGCCCAGGAGGUACGCCCACAGUUACCACGCCAACGUCCUGGCCUCCCUGGAUAGCCCCGCGAACCCGCUGCACGGCGCCCUGGGCGGGCCAGACGUGCGGAGGGCCCUGGGUCGCGCCAAGGACCUGCGCAACCGCUGGAAGAAUGCGGAUGAGGCGGUUGGGGCUGGCGACGGGGCGGACCGGACGGCUGCCGUCUCGGCGGCGACGGUCACGGUGCUGCCCAACGGCAAGCACGUUGCGCACCUGCCGCUCGAGAGUUACGACCUCUCCAACAUCCUGGGGGUCGUCCACGAUGCUCUCGAUCGCGCCUACCUCGUAGCGGACGACUACCUGCAGUUCCUGCUCGCCCAGGCUGCUGCUGUCGCCGGGGCGGGGCCGGACGGACAGCGGCUCGCCGACGCCGACUUGGCUGAGCCUACUGAGGAAGACCAGUGGGAAUUCUUCGUGGAUGCCAUGGAUUGGGAGGCUAUUUGAACCCCUUCCAUGCCCGCCUCUCCCUCGGGUAGCACAUACUUAAUGUCGAAGCCUUAUCGCUUCAUUCUGUUUUGGAUUAUCAAACCACAACUGUCCUCUCGGCCCCGUCUCGCAAAGGAUAGAUAGAAUUUGUAUUGGAGAACAGCAUAGAUAGAUACCCAAAUUAUAGAUGAGAACAAUCACCCA